AUGCGGCAUAAAACUCCUCUCUGCUGCUCUCAACAUUGUACAAAUAGUCCUGAUCUAGUCUGACCAAUAAACAGCCGCCAGAAUCAUGACAGGACUGAACGCUUUAAAAGUGGAUGCUAAUGUAGUAGUUCUUGGGACAGACAGGGUUGGUAAAUCUGCGCUGACAGUCCGCUUCUUAACUAGAAGAUUCAUUGGAGAAUAUGGGGAUAUUGAAUCAAUCUACAGCCACAAUGUUAUCAUGGAUGGAAGGGACAUAACCUUUAACAUCUGGGAUUCACCAUAUUGUCAGGACCUGUCCAGGGAGACCUCCCUAUAUGAGAAGAGAGUCCAGUGGGCAGACGGUUUUGUCCUGGUCUACAGCAUCUGUGACAGGGCCAGCUUCAACGCUGUCACCAAGCUGAUCCAGUCCAUCAAGGCCACCAAGGACUACCUGGGCAUGGACAAGGUGCCCAUAGUGAUCGUGGGCAACAAGAAGGACCUGAAUCACAGACGGACGGUCCUCAGUGAGGAGGGCAGACUGCUAGCCCUCACCACAGCCUGCCAGUUCUAUGAGGUUACAGCUGCUGAGAACUACCACAGUUUCCUCAUGGUGUUUCACGGACUAAUACACAGGAUACGGGCGUCCAAGUCAUCCAUUAAGAGGCCAGCUGGAAUCAAGGGUAUAGUGAAAAGCAUGUCUGCAGUUUUUACCAGGAAACGAACAGAUUCGCUGUGAUACUAUGGCACAGAGAGGAAUAUAUUAUACAGUGCAUUUGGAAAGUAUUCAGACCCCUUUACUUUUUACACAUUUUGUAAUGUUACGGCCUUAUUCUAAAAUUGAUUAAUACUUUUCCCCCCUCAAUCUACACACAAUACCCCAUAAUGACAAAGUGAAAACUGAUUUUUAGAAAUGUUUGAAAAUGAAUUAAACAUUUAAAUACAGAAAUACCUUAUUUACAUAAGCACUCAGACCCUUUGCUAUGAGACUCGAAAUUGAGCUCAGGUGCAUCCUGUUUCCAUUGAUCAUCCUUCAAUUGAUUGGCAGUGCAUGUCAGAGCAAAACCCAAACAAUGAGGUAGAAGAAAUUGUCUGUAGAGCUCCUAGACAGGAUUGUGUUGAGGCAUAGAUCUGGGGAAAGGUACCAAAAAAUGUCUGCAGCAUUCAAGGUCCCCCAAAACACGGUGGCCUCCAUCAUUCUUAAAUGAAGAAGUUUGGAACCACCAAGACUCUUCCAAGAGCUGACCGCCCGGCCAAAUUGAGCAAUCAGGGGAGAAGGGCAUUGGUCAGGGAGGUGACCAAGAACCUGAUGGUCACUCUGACAGAGCUCCAAAGUUCCUCUGUGGAGAUAGGAAAACCUUUCAGAAGGAUUACCAUCUCUGCAGCACUCCACCAAUCAGGCCUUUAUGGUAGAGUGACCAGACAGAAGCUACUCCUCAGUAAAAGGCACGUGACAGCCCGGUUGAAGUUUGCCAAAAGGAACCUAAAGGACUCUCAGACCAUGAGAAACAAGAUUCUCUGGUCUGAUGAAACCAAGAUUGAACUCUUUGGCCUGAAUGCCAAGCAUCACAUCUCAAGGAAACCUGGCACCAUCCCUACGGUGAAACAUGGUGGUGGCAGCAUCAUGCUGUAGGGAUGUUUUUCAGCUGCAGGAACUGAGUGUCACGAUCGUGUGGGGGAUUUACGGACCAAAACGCAGCAGUUGGAAAAUAAGCCAUCUUCUUUUAUUAUACCACGAAGAUGAACACGACACAAAAACACUUUGACAAAACAAGAAAACAACAAAACGACCGUGAAGCUACAAACGUUGUGCACAUACAAACAGGCUACAAACGUUCUUACAUAGACAAUUACCCACAACCAAUGAGAGCCUAUGGCUACCCUAAAUAAGGCUCCCAAUCAGAGACAACCGAAAUCAGCUGUCUCUAAUUGGGAACUCAUUCAGGCAACCAUAGACUCUCCUAGACAACUAAACAUACAUAGACAACACUAUACACCUGUACUCCACACAAACCCAUAUAUUAUACAACAACCCCUAUACCAUAAAAAACACCCAAAACCAACAAAACAAAAACAUUCCCCAUGUCACACCCUGACCUAACUAAAAUAAUCAAGAAAACAAAGAAUACUAAGGCCAGGGCGUGACAUAACCCCCCCCUUGAGGCGCGAACUCCGGGCGCACCAUACACAGUCUAGGGGAGGGUCUGGGUGGGCUUCCCUCCACGGUGGCGGCUCCGGCUCUGGUCGCGGUCCCCACGUCACCACAGUACCUAACCACCUCCUAGGCUUCCUCCAAACGACCCCCCUCCACAUUAACCCCAUUGUAUUAAGGGGCAGUUCCGGACUAAGGGACAGCUCCGGACUAAGGUCCAGUACCAGGGUAAGGGGCAGUACCAGGAUCAGGGGCAGUACCAGGGUAAGGGGCAGUACCAGGGUAAGGGGCAGCACCAGGGUAAGGGGCAGCACCAGGGUAAGGGGCAGCACCAGGGUAAGGGGCAGCACCAGGGUAAGGGGCAGCUCCAGGGUAAGGGGCAGCUCCGGACUGAUGAAUGGCAGCUCCGGACUGAGGGACUGCAGCUCCGGACUGAGGGACUGCAGCUCCGGACUGAGGGACGGCCCAUGGCUGGCUGACAGAUCUGGCUGCUCAUGGCUG